UAGACUGCUCUCUUGACCUUAUGACCUAUAAAACAAGAAACAUGGCCGCCUUGUGGUGUGUUUCUGUCCGUCUAGGUCGUGUUUGUAGAUGUUCUAACAGAAUUAUUGCGUCUAGAAGAAAUCUCAGUGAACAUAAAUCAUCUGAUGAAACUGAUAAAGAAGAAGGCACUGAGAAGUCAACUCAUUUUGGCUUCGAAUCCAUUAAUGAAAGUGAGAAAACUGGAAAAGUUCAUGAGGUGUUCUCCAACGUGGCCUCCAAGUAUGAUGUGAUGAAUGAUGCGAUGAGCCUGGGUGUCCAUCGGCUGUGGAAGGACAGGUUCAUGCAGGUGUUAGACCCACUACCUGGCACCAGACUACUGGAUGUGGCAGGGGGAACAGGUGACAUAGCUUUUAGAUUCAUAAAUUGGAUAAAGGAGAAGGAACUGCAGCAGAAGAAGGCUAGUCCAGGAGCAGAGUUCAGACUGAAUCCGCUGGAAACAGAUGAUUCGGAGAGUGCCCCGGAUCUAGAGUUCCCCUCUGCUGAGGACUAUCUGUACAGUGAGCAGAGAGAAGACACCACGGGAACGGACGAUAGAAAAGACUCAAAAGUGAUCAUUUGUGACAUUAACCAGUCCAUGUUGGAAGUAGGGAAGGAAAGAGCCAAGAAGUUGGGCUUAGAAGAUGAUGUUGUCUGGGUGACAGGUAAUGCAGAGGAGCUUCCCUUCCCUGAUAACUCUGUAGAUGCCUACACCAUCGCAUUCGGCAUCAGGAACGUUACACACAUAGAAAAGGUGUUGUGUGAAGCCUACAGAGUGCUGACACCAGGGGGCAGGUUCCUGUGUCUGGAGUUCAGUCAGGUGUCCAACCCUCUCCUCAGCAGUGUGUAUGACCUCUACUCUUUCCAAGUGAUCCCGGUCCUGGGAGAGUUGAUAGCAUCAGACUGGAAGUCCUAUCAGUACCUGGUAGAGAGCAUUAGGAAGUUCCCAAACCAGGAGGAAUUUGCGGAGAUGAUUCGAGAGGCAGGUUUUCGGAUGGUGUCCUAUGAGAAUUUGACCUCUGGAGUUGCUGCAAUUCACAGCGGGUUCAAGAUCUGAGUAGUCAUCUACUGAUUACUGUUACAAUCAAUGGCCAGAAUAUCCUAUUCAUGAAAGUGUUAUCUGUUCCUGCUAGAAGAUUGGUCAUAGAGACAGCUACUGUGUAACACAAUCGCUAUGUGAUUUCUUUGUGAUGUCCAUGUAAUAAAUAACUAUUGAGCGACAACAACAGCAGAGGGUUUCUUGAUAUACAUAUAUUUUGUAUUUUCAAGUUUACAUAGUGACAAAUCUAGCGCAUCUUGUACCAAUACAUAUAGCCAAGGAAUAUAACAAGAGUUUUAGUGGAAAA